AUGUCGUCAAGCGCCGCCGUAUCGAAGGGCAACCGCGUAGCCCAAUUUAUUGUAACCACUGCGGUCAUCAGCAUUCUGUACCAGAUUAUUACACGAGCAAGAUUUGCUUCUGAUUCGACGCUGCUCAAUUCAUCUUCGUCGGAUCCUCGCUAUCGCACAAAUGAAGAUCCUCGACGAUUUACAUCCUCCGAAAUCGCAGGUUUCCUAUUAUUUCUGGGGCUUUUUGGGCUACUUCAGCGCAAGACAACUCAGGAAAGAAAGACUGGCAUUGAGGCUAAGCAGCUCCAACUUAACGAAUGCAUGUCGACCCAAAGUCACGACUAUAGAGCGUCUAAGGUAGGAGAAUUUGUGACGUACUUGCCGUGCGAAGUUCUUCACGAAUUGCUGCUGAUGCUGUCUCCAAGAGAUCUCACCGUUUGUCUUCUCGUAUCUAAAUCUUGGAACGUGAAUAUUGGAAAUGGUGCCGACAUGCUUUGGAGACGCGUUUUUGAGCGAGACUUUGGAGAGCCGGGAGACAGAUUUGCCCAGGUGUUUCCGAUUGAGUGCUGGCGACACUUCUACUUUCGACAUCACUUAUCACGAGCUGUUGAGCUUGCAAGACUCUUGGGCAUAACACACAACCGUAAGUGUGUAGUGAUCAAAGGCCAGGUGUACGAUGUCACAGAUUUUCUUUAUUUGCAUCCCGGUGGGAUUCAUGUGAUUGGUGAUGCAGUGGGAACUGAUGCUACGCUCAUCUGGGAUCAGUUUAUGCAUUCGAAUGAAGCCGAAAAGAGUAUGCAGACCUUUUUGGUGCACGAUCAUGUACUUAACAGGCCAAAACAUAAACAGCUACAAGGGAAUCUCGAGGUUGUGAAGACUUCUUGGCGUAAAAUAUCCUGGGCGUUAUCCCAUUCCAAUCAUUUUGGACACUUGGCGCCACAGUUUGCCAAUGCUGUCGUUCGCUAUCAUUCGCGAGUGGUCACAUACAAGGUGACAGAGUAG